AUGCCCUUGAGACCAACACCAAAGCCUCCACACACGGGUGGGCUGGGCGUUGCGCUCGUUGUGGAUGUAGUCGACGAUGUAUCAGUGGUUGAGGAAAUCGAUGCAGUACUGAAUGACAACGAAGAAGAUGAUGACGAGGACGACGGACUGCUAGUAGACGUGCUCGAAUCACUGGAGGUUGAAGUUAUGAUUGUAAUUGUUGACAGCGAGGAGGACGAGUCGGUGGUGCUCAAUGAGAAUGACAAUGAACUGCUGACAGACGUGCUUGAAGCACUAGAGGUCGUCGGGUCUAUGAUAGUGGACGAUGACAGGGAAGACGACGAGUCGGUGCUGCUCGCUGAAGACGCAGGCGAUGAACUGCUAGCCGAUGUGCUCGAAGCACUGGAGGUCGGAGUCAGAGUAGUGAUUGAUGAUAAUGACGAUGAGGAGUCCGUGCUACUCGUUGAAGAUGACGAACUACUACUUGCAGAUGAACUUGAGUCGCUAGAGGUAGAUGUUGCACUGGUCGAAGAUGAGGAUUCGGUAGUGCUAGUUGAGCUUGUUGAGACGCUGCUGGAGGAGCUCGAUAUGUCGGAUGUGCUUGAUGAAGAGCUGCUGGAAGAGCUUUCUGAUGACGUGGUAGCUGACGAGGAGCUUGGUGUCAUGGUGGAUGAUGAAGACAUGGAAGAGCUUGACAUGCUGCUUGUGGCAGGGACUUCUCCCGAGGAAGUCGAGGAGCUGCUUGAUACCGUGGACGAGGUGCUUGAAGUGGCGGAGGGCUCAGUCGAAGUACUGGAUGAGCUACUCGAGCUCGUGCUGGAUACAUCGCUUGUGGUAGAUGACGACGUGCUCGAACUACUAGACAAGCUGCUAGAUGAGCUGCUUAAGCUAGUAGACGAAUUACUAGAUGUUGCAGAUGAAGAGCUGGAGGAACUAGACACAGUCGGUGUGCUUGACGAGCUACUAGACUCAGUUGACGAUGCUGAAGAGCUAGGGCUGGAUGAAGUUGGCAUGGUAGACGAGCUAGAUGAGCUACUACUGUCGAUCGAGGACACUGAAGAGCUUCCUGUGCUGGAUGACGAUGUCGCCGAGCUUGAAGAACUAUCCGUGCUCGAGGAUGAUGAGAUGGUAGAGCUAGUGCUGCUAGAAACACUACUGGACACCGAAGACGAGGUAACCAUGCUUGAAGUUGAAGAGCUCAUCGAAGACGAUGGUGUGAUGAUUGGGCAAGAUGUUCCGGUAAUUGUAACGCUGGUAUACGUUGUAGUCUCAAUAUCUGUCACAGUCUAG